ACCGACAGUCUCUUUCAUUAUCUGGGAUCUUUAAACGUGCAAUGUUUAUUUCCGUUCAGUUUGCAUAUUGCAUAUUUUUGAUGCGUUAGUUAGAAUAUUUCAAAAAGUGAAUACAUGAAUUAUUUGAUCAAAUACUUAAUGAGAAAAAUAAUAAUACAAAAUCGAAUGCUUAGAGGUCACUUAAAAUUUUUUUUUUAGAAUCCCUGUCCUUGAUCAGAAGCUUAUAUAUGUAUGUAGAGUCCAAAACGAGCGAAAGUUAUUUUGUUGCUUUGGAACAAAUUUAUCAUGUGGGUGUCAGUGGUGCUGCUGUUGUCUGUGUGUGCAGUGGAGACUGUAUCAGCAGUAGGAGCUCAGUUUUUGGACUGUCCAGGCAAUGACGCUAACCUGGGAUUAUUGAGAAGAUGUUGCAGAAGUGCCAUACUGCCCAAAGGCUGCGAGUGUUACGAUAUUUCCAGCAACAGCGACUACACCAACACAGUGUUCCAUAAACCUUUAUGUCCAACUAACAUCAGCAUCAUUUUCCACCUGUACAACCGCCAGCACCGAGCAGCCCCACAGCGAAUACAGGCUGGUGAAUUCCACAUCAAAGGUACCAGCUACAGCGGUGACAAAAAGACUGUUAUUAUUGCUCACGGCUUCACGGACAAUGGAGGAUCGCACUGGGUCAUAGAGAUGAAAAACGCUCUUCUGGAUGCAGAAGACAUCAAUGUUGUUGCAGUUGACUGGCAACAGGGCGCUAAGGGACCUAACUACUACCAGGCCGCUGCUAACACCAGAAUGGUGGGCUCCAUGGUCGGUCGUCUGAUACAAGACAUGCACUUGUUUGCGCAUGCGGCGUAUGGGAACUUUCACUUGAUUGGUCACAGCCUUGGAGCUCAUUUGUUAGGAUACGCUGGACAGGAAGUAUUCCGUCUGACCAACCAAAAAGUUGGACGCAUUUCAGGUUUAGACCCCGCUGGGCCGGCUUUUGAGAAAUACUCCAGCUUUGUUCGAAUUGAUUCAAGCGAUGCCCAGUUUGUAGACAUAAUUCAUACUGACGCCGAGCCUUUAAUUAGUGCAGGCUUUGGAAUCCGAAUUUCUGUAGGUCAUGUUGAUUUCUAUCCAAACGGAGGUGUCCAUCAACCAGGCUGUCCAGAGGAGCGAUUCGGUCUUCUCUCUAUGGUCAAUUUUAAUGCUGAAAAAGAUGGCGGAGCUUGUAGCCAUGGACGCGUAGUGGACCUGUUUACCAACUCUAUCCAAAGAUGUCGCUACAACCCACCAGACGGUAACACCGCCUGCACCAUGGGAUACCAUGUCAGCAGAAGUUGCAGAGGAGACCACCGCCCGACCACAACCAGCAGGGCCCCAUUCUGUUAAACACUAGCUCAUGUAUUAUUGUUGGCGAUUUAUAUAUUUUUUAAUUAAAUGGUGUGUUGAAUGAAAUUGUGAUGAAAAUAAAUACAGGAAUUCCA